CGAAGGCGCAAAGGGUAGGCACGUGAAUUUCCCGGUUCCGGUAGCAGAAACGUCAACCGCCAAACUUGCGAGAGAUUAGUGGUCUGUUUUCGUUUUGGUACAGAAAUUGUAAUUCGGAGUUGGGUUGUUGUAUGCGAGAGCGGACUUCGGGUGCCGGCGGCGAUGGGCAGGGUAUUUCUGGUGGACAUUGACGGCAGGGCUUACCGAUGCAAAUUCUGCGAGAGCGCUCUUGCUCUCGUCGACCACGUCCUCUCUAGGUCUUUCAAUUGCAAUCAUGGGAGGGCAUACCUUAUCAGCAAUGUGGUAAAUAUAACACUUGGACCCCAAGAAGAGAGGCUGAUGACUUCUGGUAUGCAUACUGUAGAAGACAUCUUUUGCUGCUGCUGUGGGCAAUAUGUUGGUUGGAAAUAUGUGGAAGUAAGUGACAAGAACCAAAAAUACAAGGAGGGAAAGUUUGUUCUUGAAAGAUGGAGGAUAGUUGAAGAGGCCACCGAGGGAUUCAAUUCGGAUGCCCGCCCUGGUUCAAGUGACCCAGAAAAUCCUUAGAAAGUUAUUUUAUUAUUAUUAUUAUUAUUAUUAUAACUACUACUAAAAAAACCAAAUAAUUAAACUAUAGAGUAGAUAGUUAUAUGACAUUGCCAGAGUCUCAUUGCUAGAUUCAAAUCAUGACAAUGCUAGAUCUUCUUGUAUUUAUGUCCUAGCUAGUUAUUUUAAUGAUUUUAUCUUGAGAGUUAUAGACAA